UCCUCCGCGUGCGCGUGUGCACAGCAUGCACCGGCGCGAGUUGCAGCCUGCUGACCUUAUCCCGCUGGAUGUAAUGUUCAUCAUAUCGCGAUAAUUUUCCUCACAGGGCUUUAAUCCGCCGGUUGCAAUGUUCGCGCAGAAUCUCUUCCAAAAUAAAAUGAAAAUGUCACCAUAGGUCGGUCGGCUGGUCGUCAGUGAGUCUGUUUUACGUUCUGUUUGUGACAUCACGUGAAGGCAGGUUUGUGUUGUAUUUAACGGAUUUGAUGGCCUAGCCGUCACUUUUUUUUUUUUUCUAAAACACAUCCUUCAACCAGCUGCCUGGAUAACUUUAGACAAGCUGGAGUGCUGUUGUGACAGAUUGUAGAAACAUGCUGUGCAUCAAAAAAUGUUAUUUUUUUAAAUAGGGUUUUCAAUGUAGGGUUGUACAAUAUAUCAUGAAAUCAAAAUCUACAGGGAGGAACGAUGCCAGCAUGAGUGGGCCUUACCGAGGCCCAGGCAGGGACACUCAUCAGUCCAGCUGCCCUUUGACCCCCGGCCGUGACCUCUCCGCCCACUCCGGCGCCCCCAGACACCAUGACCACAGGGUCGGGCUAACCAUGUCUGCCGCGUCCUCCUCCCUCAAGCAUGCGUCCGUCUAUGGGUUCACUCAGAGAGACCACUCGUCCUCCUCCUCUUCAUCCACCUACAGUCCUCUCAGGAGGCUGCAACAUCUCACCACCAUGGUGAGCCAGCCGGACCUGGUCCUGCCGGUGAGGGAGCCGGAGAGGAGCUGGGAGUGGGGGGGGAAUAAGAAGGACAGGGGGAAGGGGAUGGAGAGAGACUCCUGGGGGGACUGCACCGCCGGUGAUUAUUCCGGCACCCAGAACUCCAGCCGGGAGGAGAGCUUCGGUGGCUUUUCUGCCGGGCAAAAACGACCCGUGGUCCAGACCAGGAGUAGAGACGCGCCAGCGGGCAAUGGCGGCGACCCCGUCGAGUCGAAGGCGGAAGUUUGUUUCUCCGGCCCGCCCAGCCCGGCCUUCUCUCUCGACAGCAACAGCCCCUUCGCCAACGGCUUCCUGCACUUUGAAUCCUCUUUGUUCGAGGACGACAACGAGGAGCAGGGCACCGGGUCGCCUCUGGGGGAAGCAUUGCAGGACCAACUGGAGAAUGCGGGGAAUGCUCCUCCGUCCACUCCUGGACACUUCAACUCGGAGGCCAAGGACGCUAGCGCCUCGUCUGCCAAGGUGGUCACCCGGUCGCAGUCCUCGGGUCAGCGCAGGAGAUACUGGGAUGGCUCAGAUGACGAGUGGGAGAGCGGCACCGAGCUGUUGCUGCUCGGGGAUUUUCCUUUGAUGCAUUCAUUGCAGAACAGCCCCAAGAAAAAGUCUUUGCCGCCGUUGAAGUUUUUAGAGGGUGAAGUUAUUUGGGCAAAGUUCAACCGAAGACCAUGGUGGCCGUGUGAGGUGACCAUUGACCCAACGCAGGGUAUCUAUCACAAAGUGAAAGAGCCGAGUGACCGUCCCUGUCGGCUCUACCAUGUCAGGACCUUUGGGGAGCCCGUGGAGCUCACCUGGGUGGAGGACAAAGCCACUCACGGUUUCCACGGAGGCUUCGAAUUUGAACAGCUCCCCCUACUUCGCCGAAGGGGGAAGCAAAGGGAGCAGAACUACAAAUACACUAUUGCAAAACGAUUUCAAGACUCUUGGAAAUCCAGCGUGGCAGAAGCUGAAUUUGUUCUCCAACAGAGACCUAAAAUAGCUUCUUUCAUUCCUUCAUCUAUUGAUGAUGCCUUCCGUUCCACACCAAAAAGAAAGAAGAAAGUCCAUCCAACCUUUCCUCCUUCCACUUUACCCACCCUUCCUGAGGCAUUGCACAUUACCAAUGGAUCCAUUACAUCCCCAGUUACAACUUCAGCAAAAACAAGCACUUUAAGGAAAUCUACUGGAAAGAAGAAACCAAGUAAAUCGUCAAAGGACACGAGUAAACCUGCUAAAAAUAUGUUGCAUGAUACGCCGGACCAAUCAGAUAGAGACAAUGGAGAGUGUCCCUAUUCUGACCUCGACUCAGUCCCCAAGAUCUUGUGUCCAAACGCACUCGAACGUCAGUCAAAGUUGGCUCCUGCUCAGCCACUUGUCACAGUUGUCAAAGAGGUGAAGAAGCCGCCCGAGAUUCAAAGUGGUCUUUGGUUCAGCAAGUCUGGCAAAGACAGACGACCUAAAACCUCCAGUCCGGUGUCUGACCGCACUCUCUUUAGUAAAGUGCCCUGUAAGAAAAAGAACUUGGGUGUUCUGAGUAAAAGGUCACCAGUUCCUAGUGUGUCGUCCACGGGUGGUGGGCUCAGUGACUCGUCGGGGUGGUCAGACAAGCAUAAGACCCUGGUACCUGCUGAAAUAAAUCAGUCACCUGAACGGAUGGGACAUUUGAAGUGUAAAGACCCCCCAGUUGUCGAUGGGCCUUUUAGUACCACUGGCGGUCCUGCUGAUCAGUCAGGAAUGCCAGUCAAGCAGAGGUCGCUUUUCUCUUUUGAGACUGGUGUGACUGCUGAAAAGCGUCGGCAUUCGAAGGGAAGACCGACAAUGAGUGAUAUUGUUACUGGCUCAAAGUCCCACCAAUUGGGUCUCUCGGAUGUGAAAAAGGCCUUAGAGCCCAGACCAGUAAGUUUUAUAAAUCAAACCAAGUUGAGUGUAAAUACCGUCAGUCAAACUCAACCUUCUGACUUUGUGGCCAAUAGAGAGGUCCAUUUAAUUAACAAGAUUCUUGACAAAACAGGCAAAAAAGAAACCAACAAGAAUGCAGGAGCCACUUCGAAUGUUGAUACCACUGACCCAUUAGCAAGUCAGGAGAAACCAAAAAGUCUGGUUUCAAAGUGUAGGCUGCCCUUUGUCAAAUUGGUACGCAAGGACAUAAAGGGGAAGAAGUUCCUGAAAUCCAGUGUAACCGUUGAUCCCAAUAAUCGACCUAAAUGUAAAAAGAGUCGGAAAACCCCGGAUUCUGCUGUGACUAAACUGACGUCUAAACCUUCUGAUUGGGUUGACGGCAAAGCAAGUGUCUCCGUAGGUCAGGCCCUGGGUUCUGAAUCUGUGAAGGUCGCAGUGAAGAAGUUAAAAGCAAGCGGUGGGACUGGUGUUCUUCGCCUAUCGUCAGAAUCAUGUCCAGGUAAAACUAUGGUUGCCUCAGAUGUGGCAAGUGCGUCUGAUGAGUUAGGUGCCCCAGAAGCUGUAAAUGUUAGCGCAGGCAGUGUGACCAACUCAUCCUCUAACCAAUCAGAACAGUCGGAAUUUAAGAAGACUCCUGCAACCAAAGGAACCAGCAUCCCCUGUGAACAGUUGGGCGGCUCAAAGCAAAACAAUACAAGUCCAACUUCUCAGAAGCACGGCAAUCUAGUGUGCAAGAAAGCUUCUGCUCCCAGAGGCCCAUGCUCUGCUAAAUCCAAGAAAGUUGUCUACAAAUCAAAGCAGGUUCUUGAAGAAGUUGUACUUCAGGAGCAGCCCGCCCACCUCCCGGCCAGUAAUCGUUUGAUGACCAGAGCCCUGAAGGCCAUGCAAGAGGCGGAUCAGAAGAAGCGUGAAAAAGCCAGAAAGGUGGCUGCGCAGAAAAAACUCUUAAAUCCACACAGAAAGGAUGAGGACCUUGUGCGUAGUUCUGCGCAUAAUUCCAAACUGGACAUUUGCACUAAGGCGAAAUCUCUUAAAUCUCACAAUAAAAAGGAUCAGGACAUUUUAUCAAGCUGUAGCACCCCCCUUUCAACGUUUUCUGACCCGGUUGACUUCAAUUUUGGCGUAAAGAGUGAAGAUGAGGAUCUCUCAGUCUCCUCAACUCCACCAAUGGACUUUAUACCUCUGACUUCUAGGGUAAAGGCAAAGAAGGAAGAUCAUCCCUCUGGCAUACACGCCUCGUCCUCGCCUUCCUCACCAUUUUCUUUUAUGAAUGCCUUCAAAAACGGGGAAGAGGUAUCCUUCCAGUCGGUGACAAGUGAGGGCCAUGGGAAACCCAUCUCUUUCAAAACCGACACAAACUACAAAUUCAGCACUUUUCUUAUGAUGUUGAAGGACAUGCAUGACACGAGAGAGCGAGAGGGGACGCCCUUAGAGCUGGAAAUUGGGCCACCAAGUGCACAUGUUAAGGAGGAACCCUUAGUGAUGCCGGGUGAGGCAACACCCUCGGGCCAUGAUCGGCAAAUUGAACAUGUUAAUAAAAGUCUAUAUUUAAGUCCAGACCAAUUUGAGAUCAAACAUAAUGAGGAGAGCACAAGUCAGAUGUCCAAAAGGCCCUAUAAGAGAAGGAGCAGCUCCACCGGGGUGAAAAAGAAGUCCAACCACAAAGUGCCUUGUCGUCCUGCCAGGUCUGGCCCUGGUUUCCCUGGAGUGGAAUCCGUGCCAACAAUGGACUCUUCAUUGGGAGCUGAUUGCUCGUCAAGCGUCCAAUCCCUGUCGGGCCUGCAGACCAGCAGCUGGAAGAGGCAAGCCGUUGGUGGGGAAGGAAUGCUUGGGGAGGAGAUGGAGGAGGACAGGUGGGGCAAAGUAAAUGAGAAUCUUCAGAACAUUGUGCCUUUGGAGCAGACGGGGUGCGACUCUACACUGUGUCUGGAACAGCCAAAUGGCCUCGCUGCAGACGGCACUGAGACUAACACUAGCUUGAUGCGUAACACUGGAGAAGGCGAAAAGGCUCCAAAAGCACAUAAACGAAUCAGAAAACCAAGCAAGAGGCUGAUUGAAUUUACCGAAGAGUACGAUCAGAUCUUCUCCACCAGGAAGAAAACCAAAAAGCUUCCCCAGUUGAUUGGAAAGGACACUCCGCCCGUCGUGGCCACGUCCGAACCCCCGGGAUCGGACAACAGCGCUCAAGACCAGCCACCCGUCGACUUGCUCCCUGAAAUACAGACUCCGCCUCCUGAGGAAAUCGCCGCAACGGCGCCCUCUGAACUUCCGAUUCCCAGCACGGAAAACACAACCCCCCAAGAUGCACCGGUGCUUUCCGUAGACACACUAACCCCUCCUCCCGAAUCUGACCUUUCGCUGCCCCAAGUCCUCGUCAAAGACAACGUAAAUGCUCCCGUAUUGGAGAAGAAGCGAAAGAGGAAACCCACCCAGAAGAUCCUGGAGUAUUCUUUGGAGGCAGAGGCCUCAACGGGCCCCAAGAAGAAGGUGAAAACACUGAAGAACAACUCAAAUCCUAAUUCUCAAUCAGAUUCUGGACGGCCAUCUUUGACAUCAAAGCCUAAGCAGGUUCCGGCCUCCGGUUCCACGGCGACCCCAGCGGAGGCGUCCGCCUGCACGCCCUCGGACCCCCCCCCUAUCUCUCCCGCACCCACUUCCCCGGCCCCGCCCAAACUCGCCGACGGGGAGACGGCAUCGUCGGAAGACGUUGAUGCUCCUCAGGCGGAAGACAGAAGGGACGCGGCGGAGUCAGAGGGGGACCUGUCCAGCUUGGAUCAAAGCUUCUCCUCCACAAAGGACUACUUGUCGCUGUGCGACGAUCCACUUUUACCCUCCAGGAAGAUCAUUGGCGACAGAGGAGGUCCCGCCUCCAUGAAGGAGAACAUCUGUCAGGUGUGUGAGAAGACGGGGGAGCUGCUCCUCUGCGAGGGUCAGUGCUGUGGAGCCUUCCACCUGCACUGCAUCUCUCUGGCCGAGGCCCCGAAAGGGAAGUUUGUUUGCCCGGAGUGCAAAUCAGGCGUCCACACUUGCUUCGUAUGUAAAAAGCGCAGCGAGGACGUGCGCCGCUGCAUGAUUCCCGUGUGCGGGAAGUUUUACCACGGCGAGUGCAUCGCCAGCUUCGCCCCAACCGCGCCCGUGAGCCGAGGCUUCCGCUGCUCCAUCCACGUCUGUCUCACCUGCUUCAUCAGCAACCCCAACAGCUCGUCCGUCUCUAAAGGUCGUCUGGUGCGGUGUGUCCGCUGCCCGGUCGCCUAUCACGCUACGGACCUCUGCAUGGCGGCGGGCUGCGUCGUGCUGUCCAACAACAGCAUCGUCUGUCCCAACCACUUCGCCCCCCGCCGCGGCGUCAAGAACCACGAACACGUCAACGUCAGCUGGUGCUUCGUCUGCACCGAAGGGGGCAGCCUGCUGUGCUGCGAGUCCUGUCCGGCCGCGUUCCACCGCGAGUGUCUCAACAUCGAGAUGCCCAAAGGCAGCUGGUACUGCAACGACUGCAAGGCCGGGAAGAAACCCCGCUUCAAGGACAUCCUCUGGGUGAAGGUGGGCCGGUACAGAUGGUGGCCAGCCGAGGUCAGCCACCCCAAAACCAUCCCGGAGAACAUCCAGCGGAUGAAGCACGAUGUCGGGGAGUUUCCCGUCCACUUCUUCGGCUCCAACGAUUACCUCUGGACGUACCAGGCCAGGGUCUUCCCUUACAUGGACGUGGACGCCAACAGCAAAGAGAAGAUGGGGAAAGGCGUCGACGCCACCUACAAGAAAGCUUUGGAGGAGGCGGCUGUUCGCUUCCGCGAGCUGCAGGCGGAGAAGGAGCUCCGGCAGCUUCAGGAGGACCGGAAGAACGACAGGAAGCCUCCGCCGUACAAGCACAUUAAGGUGAAUCGACCCAUCGGGAAGGUGCAGAUCUUCACGGCCGACCUGUCGGAGAUCCCGCGGUGUAACUGCAAGGCGGCGGAUGAGAGUCCGUGUGGGAUGGACUCUGAGUGCAUCAACCGCAUGCUGCUGUACGAAUGUCACCCGCAGGUUUGCCCGGCGGGCGAGCGCUGCCUCAACCAGGCGUUCAGCAAGCGUCAGUACAGCCAGGUGGAGAUCUUCAGGACGCUGUCUCGAGGCUGGGGACUCCGCUGCGCCCACGACAUCAAGAAGGGUCAGUUCGUGAGUGAGUAUGUCGGCGAAGUGAUCGACGAGGAGGAGUGCAGGUCCAGGAUCAGACACGCCCAGGAGCACGACAUCUGUAACUUCUACAUGCUGACUCUGGACAAGGAUCGAAUCAUCGACGCCGGGCCGAAGGGCAACGAAGCUCGCUUCAUGAACCACUGCUGUCAGCCCAACUGCGAGACGCAGAAGUGGACGGUGAGCGGAGACACCCGGGUGGGACUGUUCGCCCUCGUCGACGUCGCAGCGGGCACGGAGCUCACGUUCAACUACAACCUGGAGUGUUUGGGCAACGGCAAGACGGUCUGUAAAUGCGGGGCGCCGAACUGCAGCGGCUUCCUCGGGGUCCGGCCGAAGAACAACCCGCCGCCUGACGACAAGGGCCGUAAGAUGAAGAGGAGGGGCCACGGCAAGAGGAAGAACAAGGCGGUGGUGACCAAAGAACGAGAGGACGAGUGUUUCAGCUGCGGAGACGGGGGACAGAUGGUCUCCUGUAAGAGACCCGGUUGUCCCAAAGUCUACCACGCCGACUGCCUCAACCUCACCAAGAGGCCCGCGGGUCGUUGGGAAUGUCCGUGGCACCAGUGCGACGUCUGCAACAAGGAGGCGGCGUCCUUCUGCGAGAUGUGCCCCAGCUCCUACUGCAACCAGCACCGCGAGGGCCUGCUCUUCAUCUCCAAGCUGGACGGCAAGCUGUGCUGCAGCGAGCACGACCCGUGCGGGCCCGACCCGCUGGAGCCGGGGGAGAUCCGGGAGUACGCGCCCGACCCCAGAGCGCUGACCUCGGGGCUGGGCAUGGCCGUCAUCCCCACUGCUGCUUGUAACGCCGCCGGUCUCAAAACCACCGCCAGGGAGGUCGGCGGCGUGCGCCCCUCCGGGUCGCUUCCUGCGCUUUCCCUCCCGGUGCCCAUCGCCAUUCCCGUCGCCACGCCGGCUUCCUCACCCCCCCUGUGCAGCUCGGACGCUCCCAGCAGCGCCCCGGCGUAUGACCUCCCGCACUACUCGCCCAUCUCCUCGUACGAGGAGGAGAGGGAUGUCUUGGAGGAGGAGGAGCUGCUGGAGGAAGUGGAGGAGUCGGAUGAGGAGGAAGAGGAGGAGGAGGAGGAAGAGGAGGAGGAGGAUGAAGAGGGCGAGUUGGAGAGGCAGACAUCAGUUUCUCGAGAAGAGGACGGAGAGGCGGUGAUGGAAUAUCUCGAGAUCAAAGAGGACGAUGAGGACGACGAUGAAGAGGACAAUGAGGAGGGCGAUGAAGAGGAUGGUGGGGAGGGCGAUGAAGAGGAUGGUGGGGAGGGCGAAGAGGAGGAGGAGGAGGAGGAAGACGACGAUGACGAAGAGGAGGAGGGCGACGACAAACAGGAGGAUGAGGAAGACGACGACGACGACGAUGAAGAAGAAGAAGAGGAGGAGGACGAGGAGGAGGAGGAGGAGUGACGCAGUGGAUUAUGACACAUAAUCACAGCGGGAAGAUGAACCAAUCACAAGUAGCUCAGUCCGUCACUGUUGGAGGAAUUUUAGGACAAAACUAAAUUGACGCAAUAAAUAAAGUGUUCAGAAAUCAAAUGAAUAAACGGCAAAAUACUGUACAGAACCGUAUUUAAACACAGACUUUUGGUAUUUAUUUAGUUUUGUCCUAACGGUCGGUCCCCGACACAGUGACUUUGCACACUAACGCUGACUGCACCUUCGUACGCGAGAUCUGACAAAGACGAUUCUCUGGAACUGCUACACGAUGUACAACUUGAACAUAAGUCUCACUCCAAUAUACUUGUUUUUCUCACAGACAUCACCUGCUGGUUUGUUUCUGGUAUUUGUUCUCCGUAGUAUUUCAGCAAAGAAAAGACUGCACUGUAACUGUAGCGGCGGGGUGACGGGAUCUCUCCCGUCUCCAUCCCACGGAAAAGAGCCGGGGAAAAAAAAAAAAAAAACAUGAUCCUCCAUCACGAACAUCAGCUUUUCAAACAUUAACACGGCAAAUGCGUUCCUCGCGGUUUAUCAGCACGAUUAAACUUGCAAGAGGCGCCUUUGCUUCCAUCUACUCCGUCUCCCGGUUCCUCUUGACCAUUUGAUGGUGCUGCAACAUCAGUUUCAUCGAUGAAGCGAUUCUCGACACGAGUUCACACGACAAGCGAUUUGAGCAUUUCAUGCCAAACUGAAAAAAAAAAUAAGCAUCUAAAACCGACCGGUUGGGCGUUUGCUACGCGGAGAAGGCGUUUCGCUUCGUGGUCAUUAUUUAUAGAGCGCUCCGCGAGGCACAGACGACGACGACGGCGGCGGGACGGACUCCCGCCGCGACGCUUACUCCCGUGUAUGUUCUCGCCAGGCGUGUUUUCUGCUCUGUCUUCAAGCUCGAUGUCGUCCGUGUGUUAUCUGCCGAUGCCUUAGCGUGUGUUUCUCUGAGAUAUUUUUAAGGAAUGGUUUGGCGCCUGUGAAAGCCAAGUGUCCCUCCUGAUGCCUUUUUACAGUGUUUCAUUCCAGUGUAAUUACGACCUGUUAGAUCUCAACCAUUGACCUGUUAAACACCUGCUAUAUAUAAAUAUAUAAGAAAAGACGUUAUGAAACAAGCUUUGUACCGGCCUCGUUCUUUUUGUAUUUAUUGGUCCAACAUGAAGCUACAAGAUGUGUAGAUAUUCACUAUUAUUAUUAUCACUAUAUUACUGUGAGCCAUCUUAUUGUUUUGAUGGCAUAAGGCUUUUUAAAUCCAACGGGGCUUUACGUUUGUUCAAUUAAAUGAGAUCACCAUUCAGUGUGCCAGGAAGUGGUUUAAAAUAUAUAAUGUUGGGAAGAAAAAAGUGUUUCUUUUUCAACCUCAAGCCCAUUUUCAGAACGCCAACUGUAAAUUAGCAUCACUGGAAAAGUUGUUGCUGAAUGUUAAUCAAACAAUCAUUAGUGUUUUAUCCAAAGGACAAGAUUAAAUAUCCUUUAAUCUAA